AAUACCUCACGAUCAAGUCAAAAAACUUUUUGUAUUUCAAUUCAUUUUUUAUGAUUCGAUUUUAAAAUUUUCAAUUGAUUUCGAAGAAUUUUUGUAAAUUACCUUUUUCCACGCGCCAAAUCUCAUAAUCUUUACAAAUUCUUUAACUAUUUUAACCAACGCGUCUUCUCAAUGGCUUUUAAAACCAUUGCACGUGCUCUGGGUGCAAAAAGAUCAUUGUUAUGUAUAAUUUUGAAAUAUUUGGCCACUCUUGCAAACUUCCAAGGUGUCGUAUGUGUUAUUUUUUUAAACAUUGCGUAGGUGGUCUGGGGGUGAAGAUAUUUAGUAUAAAAGCACCUGAUGGACAUUAUCGGAGGUAUCAGUGUUUUGGAAUCUUCUCAGUGAAGUGUGAUUUCAAGUGUCCAUCUCCAGGAGGAGUUUUUAUCAAGCACAGCAAUGAGUUUGCUUAUUGUAAGUUAUUGCUCUACCAUCAAAUUGGGAGAACCAUCAAGGAUUACAUAAAAUUGGAUUAAAAGUGAAUUAAGUGAAAUGUUCUGUUUUUUUGUGUCACAGAUUGGCUUCGUGGCUCUCUUGAGCACUGUUAAUGCUGGUGUGGUGCAGUUUGCCCCCGUUGCAGCUCCUCUGCAAUCACUCGCCUACACUGCAGCAGCUCCUGUGGCCUAUGCUGCAGCACCCUUUGCCCGUACUGUGUACCAACCACAAUUUGUAGCUUCAAGAGCACCAGCAGCUCUUGUUGCAGCUGCCCCAGUGGCUGCUGCUGCUCAGUACGUGGCAGCAGCUCCUGCUCAGUACGUUGCAGCAGCUCCUGCUCCAGCUGUGGCUGCUGCAAGGGUUGUUGCUGCUGCUCCAGCUCCAGUUGUAGCAGCUCGUGCUGCUCCCGUUGUUGCUGCUGCUGCUCCCGUCUUGGCACGAACUGAACUCGAUGAUGCGUACCCACAGUACCAGUAUGCCUACAAUGUCCAAGACACACUCACGGGUGACUCAAAAACGCAAGAAGAGACACGCGAAGGAGAAGUUGUGCGUGGUUCCUAUUCUCUCAUUGAACCCGAUGGUGCUCGUCGUGUUGUAAAGUACUACGCUGAUCCCGUCAAUGGAUUCAGUGCUGUUGUUCAACGCGAUGUUCCCGUAGCAGCAGCUCCCGUUGUAGCUGCUAAAACUGUUGUAGCACCCGCUGUUGUUGCCCCAGCUGCACCUGCCAAAAUUAUAGCAGCUAAGGCGGUUGUAGCCUAAAUUUUGAGCAAAAAAUAUCCUUCUUACACCACGUUCAAGGGCAUUUCAGUGUAUCCAAGAUUACUCCUAGAACUGCCAAAAUAAGCAAUCUUGUCAUUGCAAUAAUAUUGGGAGAAUGUCACAAAGAGACUCACACCUUCACACCAAACAAUUCUUUUUCUAUUGAUUUUGUAAUAAAGACUUUCUUUUAAAAAAAUCUGUUUUAUUUAUUUAUUGAUUGUAAUGAGAUCCUCAAUUUCAAAUAAUUAUGAAUUA